CUCCAGGGGCAGCGCGCCCCGAGCCCGGACCUGUGCCGGGCACACACACGGCCUCGCUCGCGCCCGCCGUCGCGGGGGAGCUGCGAGCCGCAUUGUCCGGGAGGAAACGCAGCGCCGCGUGGGCCCAAGGUCACCGGCCCGACGUGGCCGGAGGCAGCGGGACUCGGACUCAGGCAGCCGGACUCCUGAUCGUCUGGGAAUCGGGCUAGGCCAGGGGGCCGCUGAGGGUGCGGAGGAUCCCGGCUGCCGCCUCGCCAACUUGCCUGCGGCUUCCCCACAACCGGGGGCGACCACGGCUGGUUUGGAGGGUCUUCCCGGGGCAGAGGAGCGGGGAGGACAUCUUGGACCAAUCCGUACGGCCAAGUCUGGAUAAAGGUAGCAGUGAUGCUGACGUUGGCAAGCAAACUGAAGCGGGAUGACGGUCUCAAAGGGUCCCGGGCGUCAGCCACAGCCUCCGACUCCACUCGGCGGGUUUCUGUGAGAGACAGGCUGCUUGUCAAAGAGGUUGCAGAACUUGAAGCUAAUUUACCUUGUACGUGCAAAGUGUAUUUUCCUGAUCCAAACAAGCUUCAUUGCUUUCAGCUAACUGUCACCCCAGAUGAGGGUUACUACCAGGGUGGAAAAUUUCAGUUUGAAACUGAAGUUCCUGAUGCGUACAACAUGGUGCCUCCUAAAGUGAAAUGCUUGACCAGGAUCUGGCACCCCAAUAUCACAGAGACAGGCGAGAUAUGUCUCAGUUUACUGAGAGAACAUUCGAUUGACGGCACCGGCUGGGCCCCCACGAGGACACUGAAGGAUGUUGUUUGGGGAUUAAACUCUUUGUUUACUGAUCUUUUGAAUUUUGAUGACCCACUGAAUAUUGAAGCUGCAGAACAUCAUUUGCGGGACAAGGAGGACUUCCGGAAUAAAGUUGAAGACUACAUUAAGCGUUACGCCAGAUGACAGGAGGAGAGGGCUGCGGGGCCGUGGACUGUGCGUUAGCAGUUUGUCUCCAGCUGAAGCGAGAAGGGAGGCUCCGCCCCGUCCUCGGCUCCGCUCAGUCCCGCUGGGCCGUCCCAGUCCUGCGACCAUGCUGUCCUGAGGAAGAACCUCUUCACGACCGCCCGUUGUAGACAGAGAGUUCCACAUAAAUACAGCCAGAAAAUGUGCUUGGGGUUCUAAAGAGUUGUCUGCUUACCUUAACAUGUUUACUUUUUUGAAACUGUACUGUAUAGGCUGUUAAUGAGAGUCUUGAGAAGUUGUGAUGAACUCAGCAUUGAGGCUAGAGCUUGCUUCUCCCCUUCCCCCCCGUCAGUCCCCGCACAGGUGACGCUAACGAUGUGCUCAGUGCAGCUCGCAGAUCGGCGAUCAGAAACCCACUGCAAACUGAUUGGAUGCGAAUUCUCUUAGCUCCUUCCACGAAUGUUGGCCCUGCCUAGAUGUCGUGAAGCUUCCCAGAAUGCAUAGUCAUUCACUGUAGAUCUCUUACUGAAAUGCGUAUUUUAUUUAAUGUAAGUAUAUUUUGGAACAGAUUUGUAAUUUGUACAAUUUAAUGCUUUAAUUAUUUUUUUCUAUUCUCAUUUAGUUUGUAUUUUCAAUGUAUAGAGCAGACAGAAAGAUGUUGGGUCAAGCAACUAUUGAAGAGAAAUACAAAGAAAAUAUAAAAGACA